UGGUUUACCAUUAGGGAUCGCAGGUGCCCGGUGUAGUGAAUACACAGUGUUUUCUUACCGUUAACACCCUACUUGUUAUUUCUGGUGCUAAGUUGUAUAUUUCACACUGCAACCAUGAGAUGCUACAUAAGUUUUGUGUUGCUUGCGUGGAUGCUUUUACUUUUGUGUGAAUUUAACGCCGCACAGAAUCGGUUGAAAACACGGGGAAGACGACUGCGCCUACGCUACAUUCCCGUUUCGUCAUCAGCUCUCAGAAGACUAAGACUAUACAGAAGACCAUCUGCAGUAAGACAAGCAGUGAGAUAUAGAUCACGUGGUCGAUCACCCAAUGUUAAUGUCAUUCGAGCAAACUCAUCCCCCAAAAAGCAGGUUGCAAAAUCUACCAAAGUAAAAAAUACCAAGAAAAUUACCAACAACCAUAUCAAACAAACGAUUAUUCUGGCCAAAACAGCCAAUAUAAUGUCGCCUGUAGGGGGAAACCAAAACAAUGGCGCAUCAUCUAUCAUAAACAAAGGCAGAGGAUCCGUACAAAGUCGAGCACCAAAAAGAGGAUCUGGCUCAAAACGACCUCGGCAAUCAGCAAAUCCUCAAAGAAGAAACCAAGGGAUGCCUCAACCAAUCAUGGCUCAACCAGUCAUGCCUCAACCAGGUAUGCAAGUUGCCCAAGUUGCCCCUAUUGCCCCUGUUGGCGGUGUCGCUGUGGCCCCCCUUUCACCUGUUGCUGGUUUGGCCGGUUUGGGGCAUGGGCAGAAUGCUGGUUUAUUGGGUCAUGGUCAUGGUCAUCCACAUAAUGGGGGAUUGGUAGGUCAAGGAAAUGGUGGACAUUUAAGAGGUCACAAUGGUCAAAAUGGUUUACAUGGCAUCGGAGGAAUUGGCCAUGGGCAUGGACAUCAUAAUGGUGGACAUCAUAAUGGUGUUUUAGGUGGAAAUGGUCUUGGUUCUGGUAUAAACAACCAAGGAGGGCAUGGUUUGGGGGGAAAUGGAGUUGGUUCUGGCAUGAAUCACCAUGGAGGACAUGGUUUAGCGGGAAAUGGUCUUGGAGGAACUGGCUUAGGAGGAAAUGGUCUAGGAGGAACUGGCUUAGGAGGAAAUGGUCUUGGCUCUGGUAUAAACAACCUUGGAGGACAUGGUUUAGGGGGGAAUGGACUUGGUGCUGACAUGAACAACCUUGGAGGAAAUGGCAUAGGAAUGACUGGGGGACAUGGUUCUGGACUUGGAGGAAAUGGGAAUUCUUUUGAUAAUGUAAUCUUUGGAGCUAACGGAAAUGGAAAUGAUUUGCACGGCUUAUCUGGUCUUGGAGGAGGAGGAACGGGAUUUGGAGCUAAUAAUGGUCACGGGCAUGAUUUGGGACACGGCCAACUAAAUGCACUCACUCAAGGUGUUGACGGUCUUACAUCCCUUGGAGGAAACGGCGGGCAUGGCACUGGAAACGCUCAACAGGAUCUGAUUUCUCAGCUUAUCACGGCCAGCUCUAUGAACUCCCUGCUAGAUGGUUCAUUGCCGGUUGCAGCGGGAGCCGCAAACCUUCUCAAUUCUGGACUUGCUUCGGGAAUGUCAUCCAGUGACAUUUUAAUGGGGAGUUUAUUAGCAGGAAAUCAAAAUUUAAUGAACAGCAUUCCAAAUCUCCCAGGUUUGAAUUCAAUUUCCUCUAAAGGACUUGCAUCAAACUCUUUUGAUUUUAAUAGUCUAUCAUCUGCAAUAAAAGGUCAUUUUUCUAGUUUUUCGCCAACUCUUGGUGUUACUCCGGCAACAUUACCACAAGAACCGGUAGUAAUUAAAUCUAAUGGUGGACAGUUAAACAUUGGCCUGAAAAAAGAUCCAAGUACAGGAAAAUCAAAUAUAGUUAUUCAGACCGCCGCCGCUGCAAUAGCAAAAGAAAUGAUGGAGGCCGAGCCCGGUGAGAUGGCAUGAGUUUACCCCAGUUCCACAGAGAACGUUUCGUACCUUGGAAGUUCGAGGUGCAGUUUUGGCGUUGAAUGUGGCCCAGUGCUAGAGGAUCAUUCUACAAAUGGUUUGUCCACAAACGAGGAAUGAGAUGGUGCAGUAAAGAAUGCAGAAUUAGCUUCCCUUUUCAGUUUCGUACAAAAUUACUUUUC